GCAUAGCCAGGCCACAGACGCAUACUGGUGGAGAUACAGCCUUUCCUCUUUUAGUUUUACAGUCAUUAUAUCAAUUGUGCUCUAAUUGUAUCCUGUUCUGUCCUCACUGUCUUCCUUCUGACGGUAGUCUCUUGGUUUUACUGACCUUCUUCCUGCCUCACUCAGGACCACGCAGCUCCAGGAGAGAUCUUUUUGUUGAUGCAAAGUCGCAGUCAGAAUUUCUGAAGAUGCAAAAAGGAUAUCCACCACAGGAAUCAGCUCCACCGUACCCUGGACCUCUUCUGAACUAUGAGGGCGCAAUGCCCAAUCAACAAAUGUACCCUCAACCGGGCAUCUCACCUGCUGCACCUCCACCUGCUGGGUACCAUGGAGGUGUUCCCUUUGCUCCUGUCAUGGGUGCACCUGCCACAACAGUCACUCAGAUGAUAGUAACACCUGCACUACAGGAUGUCCCAGGGCAAACUAUGUGUCCCCACUGCCAUCAGAAUGUGGUCACCAAUACCGAGCACACAGCAGGCCUGAUGACCUGGGCUAUUUGUGGUGGCCUCGCCGUCUUUGGGUGUUUUCUUUGCUGCUGCAUCCCAUUCUGUGUUGAUUCGUGUAAAGAUGUGGAGCAUCGCUGUCCAUCCUGCCACAAAGUCAUCUACAUAUACAAGCGAAUGUGAAACUAUCGUGACUGUGAAUAGAGGAUAAAAGCUCAGUUCUUAUACACAAAGUAUCUUAUUAAGAGUCUCAUUUUCUCUACACAAGUUUUGAUCAGAAUACACUUACGCCAUUCCUGUUCUGACUCAUCAUUUUGCACCUCUUCUCAUCAUGUAAUGAGGCAUCAUACUGUGGGGAGUUAUAGUUUGUAAACAGCAGAAAAAAAGCUAACUUUUUUCAGGCGACUGUUGUAGUUGCUCUCAUCAUUUGUCCAGUGAUGACUCUAGUUAGUUGCUGGAAAUCUUACAUUUCGUUCAUGACAUCUUUGCUCUUCCCCUCUGCCCUGUCAUUGUGCCUAACAUUUUCUUCUUGCCGUUUCAAAGUUUGUAAUUUCUCUUUCAUUUUUCAAACUAUUCUUCUAUGAUUUAUUUUUUUUUUUAAAGAAGAGCAUUUGUUUGAUGUAGGGUUUUAUGCUCUGUCAGAAGAGGAUAAACAAGACUGGAAGAAUACACCCAACCUAGCCUAGCAGUUCUGUGAGGCUGUACUCACUCACAGUGGUGCUUUGAGCUAAAUUCUCACAUUAGCAUGCCACUAUGCUCGCAAUGAAAAUGCUAACAUGCAAACCUGUAACAGCUUUAAUGUAUUCCAUGUUUUAGACUACUGUGUUAGCAUGUUAAUGUGCUCAGAAUGAAAUUAAAUGCUAACAAGCAAACACUUAGCAGGUAUAAUGCUCAUCAUGUAUAUUUGUUGUGCUAGCAUGCUGACCUUUUCUAAUUUGCACUAAUCCCAAAGUACAUUUAAAACUGAUGGAAAUGUCAUUCGUUUUUCAGGUAUUUAGAAAUAAAAAAAAAUUGAUCUGUCUCAUAGUUGCAGAGAAAUUUAACAAAAGGUUUGUUGUGGUGUCAAUAUCAUGGUUGUUAGAGAUAAAGUCAGGAGUCAUCAGCAUUCAUUGUCAGGGAACUGUGAAUAUAUAAAAUGUUGUGUCCACACCUCAGUCAAGAUGAUUUGCUGGAAUAGUGAAAACUUCUGAAAACUUGAAGAUGUUAAGUUGUCCAUAUAUUUCACUCUGAACCACCGAUGUCAAUCUCAUAGUGACUGACUGAAGGGAAACUGAAGACGUCAGUAAGUCUGAAGAAAGCAUAACUUCCCAUGAAUAACACUAGCAUAAGAAAAAAGAACAUGAUCUGACAAAAGAAAAAAGAGAGGCAGAGAGUGGAGAGUGAGAAAAAAAAUUUAUGUUGCUAGCAUGAGUGUGUGUAAACAUACAACACUGUGGUAUCACCCCUGGCAUGCGUUUCUGCUGCUUAACACAUUGGCUAACUCAUGGUUUGCUGCUGCUUUGCAAUCAGUAACAAAAAUCAUGUAGUGUUUUAUUCUAAUGCUUUUCUUUCUUGAGUAAACAGGAACUGUCAAGGCAAUCUUGAUUUUGUGAAAUCUUAUCAACUAAGCAGAAUAAUAUGAGAGACAACUUUAGGUGCGUCUAAUAUAUCUACACUGUGAUUUAGGCAGGUUCGGCAUAGAUUCAGUUUGUCGAACAUUCCCAUUGCCUUGUCCUUUGUAACACAAAGUCCAAAUGUCUUUUUUCUUUACAGUCAGUUUUGGUCUGACCAGUCUUAAUUAAUCUCUGAAUUGACUGGGUUCUGUCCAGUCAUGAGGAAUAUUUGUUCUCUCUACCUUUUCCUUUUAGUUAAAUGUUGUUGUGUUUUCUGCUUUGUUGUUAUGCUUAGUGACACGUUGUGUUUUACACCUCAGGGCCACUGUGUACAUGCAGUGCUUCCCUUUUUGUUUUUUUGUUUUUGUGUUUUUAGUUUAUCUUUGAACUUUCUGUAUCCCUUUUUGAACACAAUUUUUUUCAGAUUUUUCAAACUGGUUCUGUGGUACAGGCUGGGUUAUCAUAGGAACACUCACAGAUUUCUGUGAGCUCAGCUCAAAAA